AAUUUCCAAGCAGGCAAGUAACAAGCAGGGAUAUCUCUUAUAGUUUUCAUUCGAAAUUUGAUAUAUUUUAUAAUGAUAAACAUAUUUAAAUAUAUAUGGACGAGUCACGGUUUUCGCCGGCGAACGCCGCGCUCGGAGACAGAACCUUUGCAACCUUUUCCCAGCAGACGUACUUGGUCACACUUGAACGAGAGUAAGCUGGAAAAUUUUAAGUUUUAGCCAUAUUUUGCAACUUUCCGAACGCAGAAAAGGCUCGAGGAUGCCAUUUAUUUACUAUAACUAGCAUAACAAAGCAACCACCAACGAUGACGUCGCGUAACCUGACGGAGGUGUUCGUCAUCAUGCGCAACAAUGCCUCCAAGAACCGAAGUCACUACGAUGAUCGGCGGGGUAGCGACGCAGAGCGCCUGCUGAAGCACUCGGUUCGGGAGGCAGAAGAGGGCCUGGAGCUGCAGGACGACUAUGGCACGCCGCCCGCCUGGCUGGACAAGUUCGAGGAGGCGCAGUACACCAUGUCCAAGAUCAAGCCAAAACUAGACGAGCUGGGCUCCCUGCAUGCCCGCCACCUGCUGCGUCCCGCCUUCGAUGACAAGCAGGACGACGAGUGCGACAUCGAGGUUCUGAGCCAGAACAUCUCCAAGCUGAUUACAUCAACGCACCGGCACAUCCAGUGUGUGCGUUCCAGCCUGGGCGUGGGCAGCAAGGUGGAGCAGCGCCUAACCGCCAACGCCGUGCAUUGCGCCCUGCUGCAGUUACAGGAGCUGACGUUCAAAUUUCGCGCCAGUCAGAACGCCUACCUGCUGCAGCUUAACUCACGCGAAGAGCGUUCGCAGAAAUACUUUGACGACGGCGGCGCCGGCGAUGUUUUCACCAACGUGGAGCUUGGCGAGCAGGGAGCCAAUAACUUUGUGGACUCCUUCGACAAUUUCCUUCGGCCUGCAACAAACGGAGCUCUGGCAGCAGCAGGCAAAAUGAGUGGAGCCAAUGCUUAUCUCUUUGAAGACAAUGAACAGGAGAUCGACGAUCACUUUCAGCGUCCGCCCACCAGCCGUAUGACCCAGCAGCAGCUGCUACUCUUUGAGGAGGAAAACUCGAGACUGGCGCAACACCGCGAGGAGGAGGUGACAAAGAUCGUAAAGUCCAUAUACGACUUGAAUGAUAUCUUCAAGGACCUGGGUCAUAUGGUGCAGGAACAAGGCACUGUGCUGGACCGCAUCGACUAUAACGUGGAGCAAACACAGACUCGCGUCUCCGAGGGCUUGCGCCAGCUCCACAAGGCGGAGAUGUACCAGCGCAAAAAUCGGAAGAUGUGCAUCAUUCUGGUCCUGGCGGCUGUCACCUUUUUCAUGUUACUGCUGCUCAUCCUCACCAAGCUUUAGAUGUAACUCCACCGCCAGCGCCAAUCCGGGCUACGGCCAUUCCAUAUAUGUCAAUCCUUUUUGUGUGUGUAUAUUGUAAAUUAAUGCAUGAUUAAAAUACAUGUUAUAUUUA